CAGGCACACACCGGCCGCAGCCCAGUCCCGGGCCCAAAGACUUGUUGUAUUAACUUAAAGUAGAGACGGGAGGAAAAAGUUGCUCCGCGCGUGUUUUCUGCAGUGUUUCCUCUUUGUUGUGUCGCUAAUACUUCGCUCUGGUUGUGGAAUGGUUUACGUUUCCUCCGAGAGCUGUCUGAACUGUGAGAGACGGUGGUGUAUGUCCGCUUUUUAAGGUACAAGCCUUCAUUUAUCCCAACGCUGUAAGUCCAGACUGUUGGUGCACCAUGGUGAUCAUGACAGAGAACAGCCGGGGGGCUCAGUCCAGCCCUGCCCAGGGAAGGCCACUGCAGGUCGGCUUCUACGAGAUCAUCCGCACUCUGGGAAAAGGCAACUUUGCAGUGGUGAAACUGGCCAAACAUAAAGUCACCAAAACACAGGUCGCUAUAAAGAUCAUUGAUAAGACCAGGCUAAAUCCCUCCAACCUGGAGAAAAUUUACAGAGAAGUGCAGAUUAUGAAGCUGCUGAACCACCCUCAUAUCAUCAAACUGUACCAGGUCAUGGAGACCAAAGACAUGCUGUACAUCGUGACAGAGUAUGCAAAGAAUGGAGAGAUGUUUGACCACCUGACCUCAAAUGGCCGUAUGAGUGAAGAUGAGGCUCGAAAGAAGUUCUGGCAGAUUCUUACAGCAGUGGACUACUGCCAUCGACACCACAUCGUUCACCGUGACCUAAAAACUGAGAACCUGUUGCUGGAUGCCAACAUGAAUAUCAAACUGGCUGACUUUGGAUUUGGAAACUUCUACAAUGCAGGGGAGCCUCUGUCUACAUGGUGUGGCAGCCCGCCUUAUGCUGCCCCUGAAGUGUUUGAAGGGAAGGAAUAUGAGGGGCCUCAGCUGGACAUUUGGAGCCUCGGUGUGGUACUUUAUGUUCUUGUCUGCGGCUCGCUUCCUUUUGAUGGACCCAGCCUUCCUGCCCUCAGACAGAGAGUCACAGAGGGGCGAUUCAGAAUCCCUUUCUUCAUGUCCCAAGACUGUGAAAACCUGAUCCGUAAAAUGCUGGUCGUGGACCCGGCCAAGAGGAUUAGCGUGGCCCAGAUCAAGCAGCACCGUUGGAUGCUGGCAGACCCAACAGCCGCCCACCAGACCCUCAGCCAUUCCUUCACAGAGUACAACUCAAACCUGGGCGACUACAGCGAACCCGUGCUGGGCAUCAUGAACACACUGGGCAUCGACCGCCAGAGGACUAUCGAGUCUCUGCAGAGCAGCAGCUACAAUCACUUCUCUGCUAUCUACUAUCUGCUGCUGGAGAGAGUGAGAGAGCAUCGCACCCAGCAGCUGAGCCGCCAGUGUGGAUCCUGGAGUCAGAGACCCAGGAGCACCUCCGACUCCACCGGCCCAGAGGUGAUCAUGGAGUCUGGCGACAGCUUUAGGACAACCGCAUUUUCACUCCCAGCCAAAAAUACUGCACCUGUGUACCCGGAGAUGGAGUGUGAUCAAGGUGGAUUGUUCCAGCGUGUGGUGUUUCCAGUGGAGGCCAGUCUGAACAGAUUGCUCUGGAAUCGCUCCAUUUCACCCAACAGCCUGCUGGAGACAAGCAUCAGUGAAGAGGUGCGACCCAGAGACCUGGAGGAGGAGGAGGCAACGCAAACUCUCGGGCCCCUGCUUCCUCCCACCACCACCUCCCGCAGGCACACUUUGGCUGAGGUGUCCGCCCGUUUCCACCAGUGCAAUCCUCCAUGUAUCGUGGUCAGUCCCUCUGAUGGUGCCUCCUCUGACAGCUGUCUAAAGUCCUCAUCCAGUCCCACCCCCACUUUGCAGGCUGCUAUGGGUGAUAUGUCAACAUUUCUGACCUCUGGGGCUGAAGGUGGAGCUCUGGUGCCAGCUGGAGCUCCUCUGGCCCUCUCCUCCCACCUCCUUCCCCAGGCGCAGGGCAGCCUGCCCGCUGCCAGCUUUCAAGAGGGUCGCAGAGCCUCCGACACCUCCCUCACACAAGGCCUCAAAGCUUUCCGCCAGCAGCUGAGGAAAAACACACGCACUAAGGGGCUUCUGGGAUUAAAUAAGAUCAAGGGUCUGACGAGGCAGGUUGUCCCUCCACCCUCCUGUAACCGCGGCAGCCGAGGGUCACUGGGUCCAGCUCUCUCUGAGCACCGCAGCAUGCUGGAGGAGGUGCUGCACCAGCAAAGGAUGCUGCAGAUCCAGCACCAGCCUCAGCCUCAGGUCCAAGCAGCUCAGAAAGGACCUACCCAGAAUCCCUUGCUCUUCCUGGCUCAGCAGCAGUCACCCUCUCCUCCACCUACUACCGUGUUUGCUUCCUCCACCCUGUUUGACACCCCCGCCCCCUCCGCCCUGCCUCCUCAGCAAGCUUCAGUGGGGCUACAGCACGGCCCCUGGCAACAAACCCUCGAGACUUCCUCCUCUGGCUGCUCCUCAUCCUCCUCAUCCUGCUACUCCUCUUCGCUGUCCCCCGUGGCCUCAGCUGCUUACCUUCUCGAGGCCCGCCUGCACAUCAGCCAGCAACCCCACCCUCACCCCCACUCCAGCCUCCAGCAGCAGCACCACCAGUCUGCCACACAACGCACUUUCCCUAUCCUCUCCAAACCAGUGGCGUGGAGCUUGGGUGUGGCCUCCAGCACCGAUCCUGACAUGCAGGAGUUGGGUCUGGCCGGGCAGCAGCAGCUCAGUAGCUGUGUGAUGGUGAAGUAAAACAUCAGCCAUGUUUGAGACCAACGACUGCUCUCUCUGUUGAAGAAGCUCUGAGCAAACCCGACUUGAUUUUGAGCCCAGAAGAAGAGAGAGCAGAAUUAAGGAGAAAGAACAAAAAGCAGAUGCAAGCGACAAAUGUACACUUUAUUUAGCAACACGGGGUACACGUGUUGCACACACGUGUAUGUUGUGUGAAUGCUUUUUAUAUCAUAUAAGCUAAAGACUAAGCAAUAACCAAACUCUGGAUGAGGUGUUAAAAUCCGUAUCAGACAGCCAGAGAAGCAAUAAUAGACUGAAAGACUCUCAUCCAGCCCCUUGAUGGACUCACUUGAAUGAAAUGAGAGCUGACGUUAGCUGAUACAGUUAUGCCUCACAUGUUUUGAUGCUGUCUAAGUUAAGUUUUUGAUUUUCUGAAAACAGAAAGGCUCCAUCUUCCUCAUUCUUUUUUAGUCACUUUUUUGUGUAAUUUCCUGUUCUUGAUGUUUUACACUUGACUGGGCAGAAGACCAAAAUUAAUUUCUUUCUUCUUUUUUUUUCUUUUUUCCCUACUUCGUUCACCUCUCUAAUGAGACAUUUCUCUGUAGCAGUGCAAUGAAGACACAGUAUAGUUUCCUAAACUUACAAAGAUUCACUGACGGGGUCAAUUUUGGUUUGUAUUGAAACUGUGAUUUAAUUUUCUGUGCAGGAUUAUUAUAGCUACGCAAAUGCUGCUUUUACCUCAAGCUUCAAAUCUGCUACAUCCUCAUCAGCCAAAAGUGAAGGAAGACAGUGUCUCGCUGAUUGAGUAAAGCACAAAAGGUACAUCAGUCAGCUCGGCAGCACCUUACAUAUGUGGAUACAACAAUCCAUAUUCCCUUCUUUUGAUAAGCACCUUCUUGUUAGAUGCUUUUACUACCUCCUCAGGCAAGAAUUUGGAAACAGAAAAACCUGGACAGAACAAAGACUGUGGGAACAGUGCAAUAUUUCACAUUGAAAUACAAAGGAAAGAUAAGGCGCUACAUAGGAUGGUGAAAAUAUUUGCCUGAGGCUUUUUUUUGUUUUUACUAUUUGUCUGUUUGACCUUGCUGUGCUGGCUAGCUGACUAGAAAGGGUACUCGUUAUGUAACAUAAUAACAUGAUACUGUAGAAAUUGAGAGGAAAGACUGAAGGCAUUUCAAAAUGCUGUUUCUACAUACGGCAUUCUUGUAGUUGUUAAACUGAAAGGAAGAAUUUGGGUUUUACCAAAGAGUGAACAGCACAAGAGAUGGGUGAUCUAUCACAGAUACACUACUGAAUUUUCACUUUGAAUGCUGUCUCAAAAUGUAGCAUGGUGGUUAGCUAGCAUUUUCACAUGAUCUCCUUAGCUUCUGCUGUGAGAAAAACUCCCGCUGCCACCGAACCUUAAUGCUACACGUGUUGUUAAUAUCUCUAGCUGUUACUGUCAGGAGGACCAUGGUGGUAUUCAUUUUUGUACUUUUCUAGAAAAGAAGAAGAAAAAAAAACAACAUAGCAAUACCAUGUUGUGCUGGAAGUUGAACUUUUCUUCAGUUGUCCAUAAGUGGCUAGAGAUAGGUAGAAAUGACCUGCAACAAGCUGAUUAUUUGUGCAGAUGACAUAUUAGAAAGCUGCAAGAGAUGUGUAAAAUUGGACGUUUAGUUAGUUCUCUCAUAUCUGUGAAACAUCUUGUAGAGGAGCAGUGUUUUUCCAAACCCAGUUCUACGUUGGAAACAUGCAGUAUUGAUAUCUUUACCCAAUAAUUUUUAGUUGAUUGCACUCAUUACCAACACUUGUGCCUUUCUCUGAACAAACUCACAAUCAGAGGUGUCCAUCUCUGAUCACUACACUGAAGAAAUUAAAAUGGAUGGCUCCAUUAUUGGCUGUUAUCUCAGAGGCCCCUUUUGAUAACUUCUUUGACCUUUGAGCUUGCUGAGUAAACAGAAGCAAGAAUUGCACUUUAUUCAUAUUUCUUGUUACCAAUUUUUUUUGUUUCUCAUGAUGAAAAAAUCUUCACAAAACUAUUGAAACACUAAGGCUCUUGAUGCAAAUCUGUAAAAUGACCCUUUUGAUAAACUUGGGAUAAUAAGAAGUAUUUCAUGUUUUUUUUCUUUGUUAUCCUUUGUUAUUUGUUACUUGACUGCGUGAGCAUGUGCAUGUCUGUGUGUGACUGUGUGUGUGUGUGUGUGUGUGCAUGUGUGAGUGUGUGUGUGGAGGGGAGGAA